GGAAGGGGCGGUGUAAAGGAGUGCGCAUGCGUGAGAGAAGACGCGGGUUGGGUUUUCGAGGACGUUAGUGUGGUGACGUGCGUCCGCGGAGCUUCUCCGCCAAUCACAUCCCCGCUUGUUGGCCGGCUGCCGCGCCCCCUGCGUCGGAGAAGGACAAAGUCAUUGAGCGGGGUCGCUAUCCGGCCUCUGAGCGGAGGUGCCGGUGGAGCAGCGGAACCUAGAGCGGGCGCCGCCGCCAUUUUAGAAGGCCGCCAUGUUCUCGUCCGUCGCGCCGCUCGCCCGCCUAAAUCCCUUCCACGCGCCCCAUUUGCAGCUGCUCCAGGACGGCGUGAGGAAGCGCCCGGACCCCACCGAGCCGCCCAGCCCCAGGAGGCGCCUGGCGGCUGCCGCUGUCGCGGAAGAGGAAUACAGUUGUGAAUAUGGCUCGCUCAAGUUUUAUGCUCUCUGUGGUUUUGGUGGGGUCCUAAGUUGUGGCCUGACGCACACUGCAGUCGUACCUCUGGAUUUAGUGAAAUGUCGUAUCCAGGUGGACCCACAAAAAUACAAAAGCAUCUUCAAUGGAUUCUCAGUUACAGUUAAAGAAGAUGGCUUUCGUGGUCUGGCUAAGGGAUGGGCUCCAACCUUUUUUGGAUACUCAAUGCAAGGGCUCUGCAAAUUUGGUUUCUAUGAAGUGUUCAAAGUCCUGUAUGGCAACCUUCUAGGAGAGGAGAAUGCAUAUUUGUGGCGUACAUCACUCUACUUGGCUGCCUCUGCCAGUGCAGAGUUUUUUGCUGAUAUUGCUCUGGCUCCAAUGGAAGCUGCAAAGGUUCGCAUUCAGACCCAGCCUGGAUAUGCUAACACUUUGAGACAAGCUGCUCCGAAAAUGUUUGCAGAAGAAGGUGUAUGGGCGUUCUACAAAGGUGUUGUUCCUUUAUGGAUGAGACAGAUUCCAUACACAAUGAUGAAAUUUGCCUGCUUUGAACGUACAGUUGAAGCUCUCUACAAGUAUGUGGUUCCGAAGCCCCGGAGUGAAUGUUCCAAGCCAGAACAAUUGGUUGUCACAUUUAUAGCUGGCUACAUUGCUGGCGUUUUCUGUGCCAUUGUUUCUCAUCCUGCUGACUCUGUGGUGUCUGUGCUGAACAAGGAAAAGGGCAGUUCGGCUUCACAGGUUCUUGUGAGGCUUGGAUUCAAAGGGGUAUGGAAGGGUCUCUUUGCUCGUAUUAUUAUGAUUGGUACGCUGACUGCACUACAGUGGUUCAUCUACGAUUCUGUCAAGGUUUAUUUCAGACUUCCUCGUCCACCUCCACCUGAAAUGCCAGAAUCCCUAAAGAAGAAGCUUGCUCUAACUGAAUAGACAAAUCAUGGACUGACUUUUCUGGUUGACCAGCAUUUAAUGAGAAACUUUGCUCAUUAAACUUUUAUAUAUUUGACCAUGUAGGAAACUAAAAUUCUGUAUCUGAUACAAUUAUUGGUUGUGCCCUUAUCCCAAGUGAGGGUUCAAAAACUUCUGUUGUCAUUAUCUGUUUAAAUAAAUGGGAACUAGAGUGAUUAGUGUGUCAUUUGGUAUCAUACAUGUAAAUUUAAAACUUUGCAAGAGCAAAUACUGUACCUUGAGUCUUAGAAGCUCUUGAAAUGCAAGAACUGGCAUCUCAUAAAGGUCUCCAAGAGUCUCUCUCAGAUCUUGAGAGAAGUGGUAAGCACCAUGUCCCUAGCUAUAUCUGAAGAGCACAAAUGUAGUUCUAGGGAUACAAAGAUGGCAUAAACUUGAAUUUUGCAUUCUAGUGAUCUGGGGGCUACUGGCUGAUUCCAGGAGGCUGUCCCACAAUUUAUGGUAGUCUGAAGGAAGACACCAUAGCUUCAAGCAGCCAGCAGUCCUGACUGGGAAAUGGCAGCCAGGGAAGUGCAGCAUAGGGGGCACCCAGUGGCAGUGAAGAGGCAGCAUCAGCCACUUACCUCGUAGGUCUUUUUCACUUAUCAGACCAGAUAAUUUAUGCUGUCUUGUUGAUCAGAUUCUGCUUUUGGUGUGGUGCAUAAUCCAUAUGAUGCAUGGACUCUGUAUGACAACCACCUAUUUCAGUGUUUCCCAACUUUAGUACAGAGCCUUUUUCUCUUUUAUCAACCCACCCAGGUGCAACUUCAUGGGGGGAGACGAAGGGCCUCGGUCAUAGGCCAGUGUCCUUCUCCUUUGCUGUUGCUGCCACUGCCUCAUCACCUCACUCACUAAAGGUGCAUCAACCACCCACGGUAGCACCCUCUGCUCUAGCACUGCAACUCUAAUCCCAUCUCAGAGUAGAGGGGAGAACCCAUUGGGGGUGGGAGGGUUCUCCCCUCCACUCUUCUGGUGUACUGUCUAGAGGGGAGUUAACUCUCUCCUGUUCUGUUGCUACCAUGGGAAUGGCAACCAGAUUUGAUUAUGUACAUGCUGGCUUAGAAGUACAGAAAACUGCUUUCAUUUUAUGUAUAUCAAAGACUAUGCUGUACCUGUCAAAUACACUUGCUUUCCACUAGCACAGUAUUGAAAUUACUAGGUGUCUGCUUAAGUAAUGCUUUGGGUAUUUAUUUGGAAGUAUGUACUGUUUAAGAAUAACAGUCUGGUUAUAGACGAUAUGAAUAGUUGUAAUUCAUUUACCUUUCUAUCUAAAGAGAUGAUGCAGUGCACAAUGAUAAAAUAAACAUCCAGCUUGGUUCUUGUA